AUGAAUGUCUUCACAUUCGAUAAACCUGUUGUGUCGAUUCAAUGGAAUCCUGUUUUGUCAUUGUUGGCUGUUGCAACAGGAACACAAAUUGUUAUGAUCAAUCCGAAAUUAGGCGAAAAUGCAAAAGUGAUUUUUACUGAUGAAUUUAUUAAACAAUUAACGUAUGAAUCAUCAACAAAUGAUGAUUGUCAAUGGACAAAAAUAUCGGAAGAAACAGAUAAAUACAUUCGCUUAACAGUUACACAUUCGAUACCAAUUCGUCAAAUCGAAUGGCAAGCGCGUGGUGAUUAUCUUGGAUGUGUCGCAGCGCCACGUUCUGAUCAAUCACAAUCGAAAUCUAUCUGCAUACAUCAUCUCUCCAAAGGACGUUCUCAGUAUCCAUUCAAACAGUUGAAAGGCGCCGUACAACACGUACGAUUUCAUCCAACAAAACCGAUAUUUGUCAUUGCUACACAACAUUCAAUCAAAAUCUAUCAUCUAUUGAAACAACAAUUAAUUAAGCGUCUGUACGUGAACACGAAAUGGAUAUCAUCGAUCGAUAUACACCCAUUAGGCGAUAAUAUCUUAUGUGGUGGUUAUGACUCUAAAAUUAAUUGGUUUGACUUAGAUUUAUCUGUUAAACCAUAUGAAACAUAUCGUUAUCAUAAACGCGCCAUACGUUGCGUUCGUUAUCAUUCGAAAUUGCCAUUGUUUGCUUCGACAAGUGAUGAUGGAACAUGUAUUAUUUCACAUUGUUCAGUUUAUUCUGAUCUAUUGAAAAAUCCAAUGAUUGUACCAGUGAAGAUCUUACGUGGACAUCAAUUUAGUAAUGAUCUGUCAAUGUUAGAUUGUGUAUUUCAUCCAACACAACCGUGGAUAUUUACAUCCGGCGCUGAUUCAACGAUACGUUUGUUUACAAAUUAA